GCCUGCCUCAACACGAGGUUUUAUAAACAAAUGGAGGAGAGAGAGAAGGCAACUCGCAAUGCAUAUGUGUGCCUUUCUUUAUCUAAAUAGAAUCAUAGAUCAUUGAUUUUUUUUGCUUUUACCCCAAAUUCUGGCCUCAUUAGAGACCAGUAUAGGAGAGAGACCAUUUUUAGGUUGGUUGCAGAAGAGUAUUCAGAAGAAAGGGACCCAAAUUUUCAUUUAGCUGCAGAGCAGAGCAGAGUGAGUGAGGGGGGCCAAUAAUGAGGAUUAGGAGGCAAUGCUGUAGCAGAUGCCUCAGCUCCUCCAUGAAAAAAACGGCCCUCUUCGUUCUCAUUGCCUUCUCUUCAGCCACUGCUGUAAGCUUCGAUUACGGUGAAGCACUAAAAAAGAGCCUUCUCUACUUCGAAGCUCAGAGAUCGGGGCGGCUUCCAUACAAUCAGAGGGUAACAUGGAGAGACCAUUCCGGCCUGACCGACGGCCUCGAACAAGGAGUUGAUUUGGUUGGGGGUUACUAUGAUGCGGGGGAUCAUGUUAAGUUUGGGCUUCCGAUGGCGUUCACUGUUACGAUGCUCUCGUGGAGUGUGGUUGAGUACAGAGAUGAGAUCAAGGGUGCAGGGCAGCUUGCUCAUGCGAUGGAAGCCAUCAAAUGGGGCACCGAUUACUUCAUCAAAGCCCACACCGAACCUAAUGUCCUCUGGAUCGAGGUAGGGGAUGGGGAUACCGAUCACUACUGUUGGCAGAGGCCCGAGGACAUGACGACAUCGAGGCAGGCCUACAAAGUCGAUGCCCAAAACCCAGGUUCCGACGUUGCUGCAGAGACCGCGGCAGCAAUUGCUGCCGCGUCCAUGGCGUUCAGGGACUCCAACCCACAUUAUUCCCACCUCCUCCUCCACCACGCCCAGGAGUUGUUCGAUUUCGCCGACAUGUACAGAGGGAAGUAUGAUGGUAGCGUAGGUGCUGUGAAGAGUUACUAUGCGUCGGUGAGCGGGUACAGAGAUGAGCUGCUGUGGGCCGCAAUGUGGCUCUACAGGGCCACUGGGAACGACCAAUACUGGGCCUACGUGGUUAACAACGCAGAGUGCUUUGGGGGCAUCGGCUGGGCCAUAACCGAGUUUAGCUGGGAUGUUAAGUAUGCUGGACUUCAGAUCUUGGCCUCCAAGGUACUCAUGGAAGAGAAGCCAGAGAGGUAUGCCAAUGUCCUAAAACAAUACCAAUCCAAGGCUGAGCACUACCUGUGCUCUUGCCUACAAAAGAACAACGAGAGCAAUGUUGACUUGACGCCAGGCGGUUUACUCUACGUUCGCCAAUGGAACAACAUGCAAUAUGUAUCUUCCGCCACGUUUUUACUGACAGUUUAUUCCGAUUAUCUUCAGAAAGCAAACAAAAUUCUCAACUGUGUAGGACAAGAAGUGAGACCCCAAGAGAUGCUUGAGUUUGCCAAGUCUCAAGUGGAUUACAUUUUGGGUUCUAACCCAAGGGGAAUGAGCUAUUUAGUGGGGUUUGGUUCCAACUACCCCAUUAACAUACAUCACAGAGGAGCAUCCAUUGUUUCAUACAAGGAGAACUCGGGUUUCAUAGGUUGUACCCAGGGCUAUGACCACUGGUAUAGUCGGUCUAGACCCAAUCCUAAUGUUCUUGUUGGAGCCCUUGUUGGAGGGCCUGAUAAUCUUGAUAAUUUCAGGGAUCAUAGGGGAAAUUAUAUGCAAACAGAAGCCUGUACUUACAACACGGCGCCGCUGGUUGGUGUUUUUGCUAGGCUCAACACAUCAAAACUUCCCCUUUCUCAGUCUCAGUUAGUUUACUCUGUGUAGAAAGGAUGUCAUCCCUAUGAAGAUGACAGAGUUCAGUCACAUUUUCAUCAUACCUUGCUGCAAGGCAAAUUUCCAUGCCUUGCCUAUUGUUUCUUCAAUUCUUGUUACUAUUGUUCAGUCAUAUACAUGAGAAAAA